AUGACUAAUCACGGCUGGGGGAAUCAAACUAGAGUCUGCAUGCCUGACGUGGUGAUGAGUACCGGAUGGGGACGGAUAUUGGCCACGGGUGGGACUUUCUUCACCAUCAAUGGUCUCAUCUUCUUGAUCACCCACUACCAUUUCCUACCAAAGGCAAGGCACAGCUCCUUUUCAGCGGUGUCCUCGCUUGCUCCCGGCCGGCUGACUAAGCGGAGCUACGCUUUACGGAUGGCUUCUGCUAUAGGAAUGACUCAGGGGCUGUACAAAAUGGCAAGAGGAGAGCGUAGCAGCUGCUAUCAAGAUAACCCCUCCCAGUGGUUCCCAUGGAUGCUUUUAUCAGUCCUCUGCACCCAGCCUUCUGUGGUCCAGCUGCUUCCGUUCCAGUCUGGACGUGCAGAAGAAGCCAGGUUGGAGACUCUCAGAGACGGAAGCAAUCUUCUUUUUCCCCUCAAGGAAGGACAUGACGGGCUGGAAAUAACAAGAGGACCUCUCGCUGGUCUGCACCAGAUGACGGACCCCAUGGCAUCCUCGUCCCUUUCAUCCACAGCCAUCAUGAACCCUUGCAACCAAACCUCUGGAAACAGCACCCUUCUGAGUUCUCCGACAUCCAGCGUGGCAGGGAUUGUCUUUCUACUCUUGGCUGCCCUGAUAGGUCUCCCUGGGAACUUCUUUGUCAUUUGGAGCAUUCUGUGGAAGAUGAAGCCAAGCCACCGCUCGGUCACCUGCAUACUGGUGCUUAAUUUGGCAAUGGCCGAUGGAGUGGUGUUGCUCCUCACACCCUUCUUCAUCGUCUUCCUAACCUUCAAGAACUGGUUAUUUGGUGCGGCCAUUUGUAAAGGCGUAUACUACCUUUGUUGCGUCAACAUGUUUGCCAGCAUCUUCAUCAUUACCCUCAUGAGUGUGGACCGGUGCCUCGCUGUUAACCAGCCCUACUUCUCUCAAGCCAUCCGCAAAAAGCACUUGGUCAUCAAGAUCCUGACAGGGAUUUGGCUGUCAGCCAUUUUGUUAUCCAUCCCGGCUUUCCUUUUCCGCCAAGUGUUGAAGGAUCCCUUUCUGGGUCAUCAUAUCUGUGAACCCUGUCAUUCCAGGCCGAGCCUGGCUAUCUUCCAUUUCACCUUAGAAACGGUAGUGGCCUUUGUGAUCCCCUUCACCGUCAUCGUUGGGAGUUAUUCUGCCAUUUUAAUACGCCUCAGAGGAGUGAGGAAAAGACAAGGGGCUCGAACUGAGAAGCUCAUCGUUGCCAUUGUGGUCUGUUUCGUUGUCCUCUGGAUGCCCUAUCACAUUGUUAACAUGAUCCAGGUGACAUCGAAUGUGGCAUCAGGAAAGGCUGCCGAACGUCUGAACCAGGCAUGGAAGAGUGGGAGGGCGGGAGCCACUGCCUUGGCCUUUCUAAGCAGUAGCAUCAACCCUGUGCUUUACGUCUUUGCCGCCGGGAACCUCAUUAAGACCUCAGGGGCCAACUUUAUUGCCCAAUUCUUUGAGGGAGCAUCUGAGGGUCUUGGGAAAAGGACUCCCUCGCAGAAAAACUUGGCCAAAGACUCUGUGGUAGUCGUGCCUGGUGCUGCCGUGGUCAUGGAACAACAGCCGCUUAGCGGCUACGACAAGCCACACAGGGCAGGCAAGGAGUUGCCAUGA